GAUGACACAAAGCCUUCACCUUACAUCAGUACAAAUCCAUCAAGGUCCUUUCAAUAUCUUUGGAUAGUCUCUAUACGCAGUCGAUGAACAGUGACUUCGCGUGGCAUCCAACACUUGAAUGCGUGAGUAAGAGGGAGCUAAGAGAUCCCCUGACUCCCGUCAGCUGAGAGCAACUCGGACGUCAUCCGCAAUUCAUCCCCACGAGUCCACCCGCGCAUAUAUAACUCCACCUCCAUGGCCCUCCCGUUCACAAUACCGAACCUAUGGCUCUGAGACCCGGCGUCGAAUCUGCUCUGGCAGGGGCCCCUGCCCUCCCCACUGCGCUCUCGCUCUUCUCGCUCUCCAACCGCGUGGCGCUCAUCACCGGCGCGCACCGUGGCAUUGGCCUCGAGAUGGCCUUGGCGCUGGCGGAGGCAGGCGCGGCCGUGUACUGCCUCGACAUCCCUGCUGCACCGGACGCAGACUGGCGCACCGUCCAGGAGAGCGCCGCUGCGAUGCCCGGGGUGGGGCGGCUCGAAUACGUCAGCGGCGACGUGACGGACCAGAAAGGGAUGUGGGCUCUCGUCGAGGAAAUCGUCAGGAAAGAGGGCCGCAUCGACAUCUGCGUCGCCGGCGCUGGGAUCCUGCACGGCGCCGAGUGCUUGGAGUACGAGGCUGACGACUUUCGCAGAGUUCUGGACGUGAACGUCUCGGGUGUCCUUUUCGCGGCCCAGGCUGUGGGGAGACAGAUGGAGAAGCUCGGGACUCAGGGCAGCAUCAUCCUCAUUGCUUCAAUGAGCGGGACCAUCACAAACAGAGAUCACCACUGGGUCGCAUACAACACCAGCAAAUCGGCCGUCCUCCAGAUGGGACGCUCCAUGGCAUGUGAGCUCGCGCCGAAGGGUAUACGUGUGAACACUAUCAGCCCGGGGCACAUCAUCACCAAGUUGCGAUCAGCCCAUCUUCGACCCGUUGGCCCGAUACUCAUUGCAGCCGCACAGGAUGACACGCGAGUUCCUCGAUAA